AUGCUGGAGACAGUCCAAGAUCAAGCUUUGAGUUUUCUUCAUCUUAGAUUUCUUAAUAAUUUCCUCCUCCUUCUCCCCAUUGAUGGUAGACUUAUUCUUCUUCACCUCCCUGUCAACUGCAGAGUUAUCCUCCUCUGCAGACGGCUGCCUCUUCAUUUCUUGUAUUCCUAUCCCCCCCCACCCCUUAACCCCCACCCUUUGUAUGGAUUCCUAACUAUCCCCCCCCUUUGCUUUGGUUCCCCCUUUGCUUCUUGUAUUCCUAUCCCCCCACCCUUCCUUCUUGGAUUCCUACCCCCCACCCCACCGCUUCUUGGAUUCCUAUCCCCCCCCACCCCAUCCCCCUUCUUGUAUUCCUAUUCCCCCCCCCACCCCACCCCUUCUUGUAUUUCUAUCCCCCACCCCACCCUUCUUGUAUUCCUAUCCCCCCCCCCACCCCACCCCUUCUUGUAUUUCUAUCCCACACCCUAUCACUUCUUGCAUCCACUGCCCACUUCUGUUCUUGUAUCCCCACUCCCUCACCCCAUUUCUUCUUGUAUUCCUACCCACCAGCUCAUCACUUCUUGUAUCCAUAUCCUCAUUUCUCUUCUUUCAGCCCUGCCCCUAUCUCUCCUUAGAUCCCUCCAACCCUGUCCCUUCUCCUCUUGUAUCACUUCCCCACCCCCCGCUCCUUCUUUUUUGUCAUCUCUAACUGCCAACCCUUCUAUUCAUACCCCGCUGACCAUUUCCUUCUUGUAUCCCAAUCUCCAGCCCUUGUUCAACCAUUGCAUCCCCACCACCGAAAUAUAUGUAAGCUGUUAA